ACGCACCGUAUUGUGAUUUCAUUUGAUCCUUCUCCUUAGUAACCCGCUAGUCUCUCAGUUGUGUUUUCACUCAUCAGAUCUGCGCUCUUCGCUCUCGGAUCGUGUUUUGAUUCGAUUCGACACAAGAAUCACUUUCCUCCGUUCAAAUAUUAAGUGUUAAAAGAUGGUUGUCCUUGCUGCAUCUAUUGUGAGCAAAUCUGGAAAAGUUCUAGUUUCUAGACAGUUUGUGGAUAUGUCACGUAUAAGAAUUGAGGGCCUUCUAGCAGCAUUCCCCAAAUUGAUAGGCACUGGAAAACAACACACAUAUGUCGAGACUGAGAACGUGCGCUAUGUUUACCAGCCAAUAGAAGCACUGUACCUGCUUCUUGUAACAAACAAACAGAGCAACAUACUGGAAGAUUUGGAAACUCUCAGACUUCUCUCUAAACUUGUGCCUGAAUAUUCCUACUCCCUUGAUGAAGAGGGUAUUUGCAGACAUGCAUUUGAGAUGAUUUUUGCUUUUGAUGAAGUCAUUUCUCUUGGACACAAGGAAAAUGUGACUGUCGCACAAGUUAAGCAAUACUGUGAAAUGGAGAGUCAUGAAGAGAAGUUGCACAAGCUGGUUAUGCAGAGCAAGAUUAAUGAAACUAAGGAUGUUAUGAAGCGGAAAGCAAGUGAGAUUGAUAAAAGCAAGAUUGAAAAGAACAGAGGUGAUAGAGGAGGUUUUGGUCCUUUACAGUCAAUGGGCUCUGGAAGAAUUGAAAAUAGCUUUAGUGAAUUGAGCAUAUCUAGUAGCGGAACUGGUUUUGGAAGUGGCUCUGGUUUUGGAUUGAGUUCUGAUGUUGAUUCCUUUUCUACCAAGUCUAAAGGUCGUCCAACUUCAUCUGCCACUGCUCCACCAAAAGGUCUUGGCAUGAAGCUGGGUAAAUCUCAAAGGGCUAAUCAGUUUUUAGAAUCACUGAAAGCAGAAGGUGAAGUCAUUAUUGAAGAUGUUCAGCCAAAGCUUGGCCAGUCUCGGCCAGCUGCCCCACCACUUACUGAUCCCGUCACUUUAACUGUUGAGGAGAAGAUAAAUGUGAUACUGAAACGAGAUGGUGGAGUCAGUAAUUUUGAUGUUCAAGGCACAUUGUCUCUCCAGAUUCUUAACCAAGAGGAUGGACAUCUUCAAGUUCAGGUCCAGACUGGUGAGAAUCAAGCCAUAUCUUUCAAGACACACCCUAACAUGAAUAAAGAAUUAUUUGCCAAUGAAAACAUACUAGGCCUAAAGGAUCCCAAUAGGCCUUUCCCCACUGGUCAAGCCAGUGACGCUGCAGGUGUUGGCCUUUUAAAGUGGAGAAUGCAAAGCACUGAUGAGUCAAUGGUCCCGCUGACAGUCAACUGCUGGCCUUCUUCUUCUGGAAAUGAAACUUAUGUCAGUAUUGAAUAUGAGGCUUCAUCAAUGUUUGAUCUGCAGAAUGUUGUGAUCUCAGUACCUCUUCCAGCUCUUCGAGAAGCACCAUCUGUUAGUCAGAUUGAUGGGGAAUGGAGGUAUGACUCUAGGAAUUCAGUUUUGGAGUGGUCUGUCCUUCUGAUUGAUAAUUCAAACCGCAGCGGGUCAAUGGAGUUUGUUGUUCCAAAUGUCGAAUCAUCAGCAUUCUUUCCCAUUUCCGUUCGUUUUACGGCAACUGAGACAUUUAGUGACCUGAAGGUUACCAACAUCAUACCGCUGAAGGGUGGUAAUCCUCCCAAAUUUUGUCAGAGAACACAGUUGAUCACAGAAAACUACCAAGUUGUGUGAUUGAUUUUCCAGUCGACUCUGAGCUUCUGUGACAGUUUUGCAUUUACAGUCGUGGUUCUUUUAACAAAGGGUUUUCUUCGCCAUGUUGCAUCAUCUGUUAGUAUUCAAGAAUUCGUACUUCAGUUUUACUUCGCAAGCAUGGCACAAAGUAUGAUUUACAUUUGUACUAAAAAAAGAGAGUAUGAUUUACGUAAUGCAAACUUAGUGUAUCUAUUUACUCUGUAGGAUGUAUCUUUUAAUUGGAGAUUAGAUGUUAUUUGGAAGAGAAUUGGUAUUGAUGAUGGUUAAACAAACUGAAAACGGCACUGUAAAUUGGAUUGUAGCUCCACCGACUAUGGAUAUUGAUUAUUGAAUGCUUGCAGUUAA